AUGGCUGGGUCUGAGGAGAGCGAUAAGGAGGAGCUGCCUCCUUUAGCCUUCCUGUUGCAGCACUCGCCGUCGGCGCGGCCCCCCGGCAAGUUGGGUCACCGGCUGUCCUCAUCUUCUGCUCCCAAGCCAGAUAGGGAGGCAGGGGCGGUUGUGGUGCUGAGCAGUGGGAGCGAAGAUGAGGAGGAGGAGGUGGAGGAGGUCGUCCCUCUGUCUGAGAGGAUGAAGAGGAGGAUGAAAGCAAAGAGGGAGGCGGUUUCUAAGCCCCCUCAGCCGGGCGGUGGGGAUGCUGGCCUUCGUGCUAGGGGUGACCUGUUGGCACCUGGCAGCAGAGGGCCGAAGGAAGCCCUGGUGUCGACUGGAGAUGUGUCUUGUGGCAGCCAAAAUGGCACGCGUGGUGCUGAGUGGCCCUCCUUGUGCCCGCUGCCAGCCUCUCAGUCUGACUCUGCAGACCACCCUCGUAGGCCCCUGGUAAGCGGAGCAAGCCCAGAAACAUCCGCCUCUCCCAAGAAGCCAAAAUACAGUCAGAAGGAGAAGGAGGUAAUCUGCCAGGCUGUGUGGCAGAGGAGGAAGGAGCGAGAAGCACGGAGGAGGCAGCAGGAGCAGGAAAAAGAGAGGAAGAGAGCCCUUGCCAAGAUGCUGAAAGCUCAGCGACCCGGGGAGUGCCAGAAAUACAUAACAGUGGUGCUAGAUCCAGUUCUCUUACAGGUAGAAGGUGGUGGACAGAUCCUUAGUGCUUUGCAGGCUGCAAAUUACUCCUGUGUGGUUGAGAAUCAGGCUGUUCCCUGCAGCAUCACCUGGAGGAGAAAGACUGUGUCAUCUCAGAUGGAAGAAGGAGAUGAAUGGGCAGAAGAACCAAAUGUCCUGGUUCUGCUUCGCUUGGAGGAGUUUUUGUCCAUGGUUCACAACUACAAACAAGAAGCGCAGGGCCGUACAGAAGGAGAAAAGGAGACCCUACAGACCUAUGUAGCUCACGUAAUGGAGAAAAUCCCUGGGAAAAUUCUGGCACUGGCAGCAGUUGGAGUAGAAAAUUACUUCAGGUCUCUCAGAGUUCAGCCAAAAAAGAGACUGCGACAGGCAGCAGUGAGUAGAAAACAAGAAGAGGAACAGAGAAAAUGGAGAAAAAAGCAAGUUAAGGAUUCAGGCCUGGAGAUAACUAGAAUGGACAUGGAAGAAGCCUUGGUGGAUCUGCAGCUGUGCAAACAAGUCCAAGUCAGCUUUUUUGAGAGCUGGGAGGACCUCGGAGAAUUUGCCACUAUGUUCACAAAAGCUGUAGCUGAAGCACCAUUCAAGCGAGAGCGAGAGAAGACAGGGUUCUCCUUCUACUUAGAGAAGGGGUGGUGCAGAGGGGUGAAGGUGGAUCCUUCCGGGAAGGGUCUCUUGGAAGUUUGGAAGAGGCAGAUACAACAAUUUAACCGUGUUAGCCUCAAGAUGGCUGAGGCUAUUGUGUCUGCCUACCCUUCUCCUCAGCUUCUGAACCAGGCCUAUAACAGAUGCUCCUCAGAGCAGGAGCAGGAAAACAUGCUGGCUAAUAUCCCCGUGUGCCACGGUGAUGGUGCAACAGCCACCUCCCGGCGGAUCGGACCAGAACUCUCCCGACGAAUCUAUCUGCAGAUGACUUCCCACAAUCCUGAUCUCUAUUUGGAUUCCACUCGGUAG